CCCCUCCCACCGGCCCGAGCCUGUGCGCCUCACGUCACCUCCGCCUCACGAAAUACGUCACUUCCUAGUAACCGCCACCGGAAUCGCGAAACUAACAGGAGAGAUGGAAGCCGGCCCCGGUUCCGAAGCAGCAGCAGCCGGGGAAGCAGCGUCAUGUCCUCGCCGGCCUCCACACCGAGCCGCCGCGGCAGCAAGCGCGGGCGGAGCACCAACCCCAGACUCGUAAGUGCAACUUUUCCCUACAGAGGCUUUGCCAGCACAGCUAUACGGGAAGCAAAGGAUGCAUUGGCAAGUGAACAAUCUCUUGAACAAAAGCUUGUGAUCUGGGGAACAGAUGUUAACGUAGCUUCAUGCAAAGUUAAGUUCCAGGGCAUUCUGCUUCAACUAUUCGGGGGAUCAAGAAAAGAUUUCAGUCAUACGGGAAGAGGCAAUUUUCGUGCUGAGAUCAACAUUCUUCUGUGUGGUGAUCCUGGCACUAGUAAAUCACAGCUGCUUCAAUAUGUCUAUAACCUGGUUCCUAGAGGCCAGUACACAUCAGGGAAGGGCUCUAGUGCAGUUGAUCUUCAUUGGUGUAAUGAAGGACCCAGAGACAAGGCAGUUGGUUCUGCAGACAGGUGCUCUGGUUCUCAGUGACAAUGGCAUUUGCUGCAUUGAUGAAUUUGAUAAAAUGAAUGAAAGUACAAGACCAGUACUGCAUGAGGUAAUAGAACAACA